AUGGGAGAUACCAGUAGGGAUUCCGGUAUUGAGAAAUUGUGUGAAAGUAUGCAGCGUAUGAUUUCACAGCUGAUGGAGCAGGCACAAACAAAGACAAGCAGUACUUCUGAAAUUUUGAAGACCCUGGAACCCAAUCCUGUCAGGUUAACUGGUCCGGGUGAUUUUUUUAGCUGGUCUCGGAACGCCACAUUGAUUCUGGAGUCACAUGGACUUCAGAAAUUUUUGAAGGACGAUGAAAAAAAACCAACGGAUGUCACACAAGAGCAAUGGGAUCAGAAUCAAAAGCGAGUUAUGGUAUGGCUGUUGGGGUCGAUGGAGAAGACUGUUAGGGAACAAGUUGAAGGGUUUCAGUCUACAGCUGAGGUGUGGACAAGCAUUGAGAAACAGUUCUCAGGAAAAUCAAACAAGAUGCAAGUCAGUAGGAUUUUCCAUGAACUGAGGCAGAUCAAGCAAGAGCAGAAGACAGUGACUGAAUUUGCGGGAGAAAUCAAGAAACUCUAUAGAGACCUGGAGUAUUUUAGACCAUUUAAGGCACAUGAUCCCAGGGACGUACCCCUCCUUCGAGAGUGGUUUGAACCAUUGUUGGUUCAGACUUUUCUUGAUGGUCUGAACUCAGAGUUCAAUCUCCAUUCCCAACUCAUACAAGCCACAGCAGAUUGGCCUACAUUGGAUCUAGCCAUCUCAAGUAUACUUGAGGAAGAAACACGGCUGGCCAAUCAGAUCACAACUUCACAAACAAAUGUUGAUAGCAGAGCUGCACUAUCUUCAGUUAAGCAAAUUCAGUCUCCUGGUACUUCAAGAAAUGAGCAAGCAAAUGCUACUAGAUUCGACUACACGAGAAAGCCUAAGAUGGUGUGUGACCACUGUAAAAAACCAGGCCAUUUGAAGAAGAGUUGUUUUGAUAUAGUUGGUUAUCCUCCUGGAUGGCAACCGAAACAAUUUAACAGAUUCACUAGUGGCGGUAGUAAUGCAAGAAGACCAGAUCGAGCUCAUCUUACUUUAUUUGGGGGAGAACGGUCUGCUGUAACAGCCCAAGCACUUGAAGAAUUUAAAGGCAAACUUAUGGCAAAUACUUCAGAAGGCCCUGCUGAAGCUACAUCUGAUGCUCAUUCUGGGAAAGGAUCUGAAGACAAGAAGAAAUCUUGGGACUGGAAUUGAGCACGACGGCCUCUACUACCUUACCAAUGCCUCGUCUCCAUCUCCAUAUGCCCUCAGUAUGAUGAAUAGCUUGACCACUGAUGAAUUUCUAUUGAUGCAUUAUAGACUAGGGCAUCUAUCAUUCCAAGCCCUUGGUCGCAUGUUUCCAUCUCAAGUUAAAAAUUAUUGUAAGGAGAAGCUUUUGUGUGAUGUGUGUGAACUGGCUAAACACACUAGAACCAAUUAUCCUAGUAGUAAUGAGAGAAGUAAGAUACCUUUUGAUGUGGUGCAUUCGGAUGUAUGGGGUCCAUCAGUUGUAACUGCCCUCACAGGGGAUAGAUAUUAUGUGACCUUCAUUGAUGGUUUUAGUAGGUGCACAUGGCUGUACCUCCUAAAGCAUAAA